GUGAGUCGGUCUGGACGGAAGCAUCGCACGCGCCUAACGUCUUCUUCCGCCGCCGGUCUUUUUGCGCUGCACAGAGUAGAGCCGUGUAAUUAUCGCUGGGAUGAACAUGUCAUCGUGUGGGCUGUGGAAAGAGAGCCUGGCCCUCGCCGAGGACUAUAUAGGCCUGUGCUGCGCGGCGGACCCCGGUGCGGCCCCUCCCCCUCCCAGCGAGGCAGCCGCCACCAUGAGGCGCGUGGGCCGGCACGCCGAGUCGCUCAAUGAGGCGUCCCUCCAGAGCCUGGCGCAGACCUUCGUCAGGCAGUGCGGGCCGGACCUGUGCUCCAGCCUCAGGAGGGUCAUGGAGGAGAUGGUGAGCGACGGACUCUUGAACUGGGGGAGGGUGGUGUCCCUCUUCGCCUUCACGGGGGUCCUGGCCAGGAUGUUGCGGGGGCACCGUGAGCAGGAGCAGACCACCGCCACUAAGUGGGGGCUGGACCUCGAUGAGUGGCCCCAGACCUGCAGGAAGCUGGCAGAGACCAUCGCUGACUUUCUUGGAGAGGAGAAGAAGGAGUGGAUGCUGGAGAACAAUGGCUGGGAGGGUUUCUGCAAGUCGUGCAGCAGCAGGCAGUCCACUCAGGACGUGUCGAUGAAGACGGCGCUGUUGGCCGCGGCUGGUGUGGGCCUCGCCGGACUCACCUUCUUGUUGGGCCGCUAAAAGUUUGCGUUCCCGUCGUCGCAGCAUUUCUUUUGCAGUCGUCUCCUCCCUACCAUCAAUGCCGCGCAAUCAGGCGGUCGAAUGUUUCCACACACACACAUAAACACACACUGGCGUUGGUCUGUUGCUCCACGUGAUUGCCCAAAUGUUCUGGAUGCCUUGUUCACACACGUUGGAGCCAGUGACUGUGAAACACUUUGGUUAGUCUAGACUGCCUUGUCUCUGCUACAACGUGUAAAUUAAUAUAUUAUAUUUAUAUCAAAUGAAGCCCUUUUUUUUUUCUAGACUGACGCGCAUUCUUUUGGCUUGUUUGUUUUUGGUUGUGAGUGAUUUUGUGUGUGUGUGUGUGUGUGUGUGUGUUUGUUUGUGUCGGGCCCAGUUACCAGAGAUGGCCCGGCCAGUUAACGACGGUGCUAUUUGUUUGUGAAAUCUUACCUUUUUUAUGUCCUUUUUUUUUUUUUUUUUUUUUUUUUUUUUUUUUUUUAAUGCCAGGGACCAAAUGAAUCUUGGGGAAUUUCAGAACAAGCACCCAACAACCUAUUUUUACAUUGUUUUGGUUGUAUUUAUUUGUCAAUUUGUUUUUGUAAUAAAAAGUCA